UCCCCCCCCCCAAAAAAAUGUCAUGAUGUGCUUUAUGCCUCUCUUUGCUUUUCGUGCAAACUUCAGCUUGGUGUGACUUAAUCGCCGGGAAGAUGUCCACGCAGCACCUGAGCUCCUCGCCGCCCAACCACAGUCACCCCCCGGCAGCGACCGCCACCACCGACCGGCCGGACGCCUCGGAGGGGCGCAUCCGCCUGCUACUUUUCGCUUUGUGCGUAACGAUCGCCGCCGCCACCUUCGUCGGCGGCGUGUACUCGCUGCUGUCCCUGCUGCGGAUGAGAAAGAAGACCUCUCUGUGUCUCAUCGUGGCUUCCAUGUCCGUGGACGACCUGCUCAGCGUGGUGCCGCUCUCCCUCUUCAUUCUCCUACAGUGGGAGCGCGACGGAGGCUCGGCCAGCUUGUGCACCCUAGCCGGGCUCUUGUACAUCUUCCAAGGAGUUUCGAGUAACAUGAAAGCCUGUCUGAUCGCCGGCUACACUUUUUACGUGACCAAGAGGUUCGGGCUACUGCGCUCCGUCCGCCGGCCCCUGCGAGUGAUGUGGGCCAUCGCCGGCGUGUGGGCGGUCAGCCUCGUCGUCAGCGUGUUGCCUUUGUGCGGCUGGGGCAGCUUCGCGCAGGCUCCCCUCGGUUGCUUCCCGGAGAGUGAAAGCUUCUACACGUUGCUGCUCUUCCUUUUGUAUUCGCUGUGCUUCUGCGGCUUGCUUUUCUUCUUCUUGCCGCUCACCUACCAGCUCCUGUGCUCAGGAGAGCGGCAGAGGAGCGUGCAGUGUGCGGCUUAUAUGGGCGACGUCCGCUCCAUCUCUCUGGACAGCCUGGACAAAAGUUUCGGAACCUACAACGAAUUGAGCCCGAGUUCGUGCGGGACCACGUGCGAGCUCAAGGAAGGGAAGGAGGCUGUCGGGGGCUGCCCCGGGGUCGUCCGCCGGCAAAAGUCGCCGACUGCUGGGGACCCGCCGGUGGUGUUUGCCCAAAAGCGCUUCUCCAUGGUCCUUGCGGUUGUCAGGGUUACUUUAUGGAUGCCAAUGAUGACUCUGAUGCUGGUGCGCCACGCCGCCAAUGCACGCAGCUCGUCCCUAGAGACGCUCGGCUUCUUUCUCACGUUGCUCGCGCCUGCCGUCACGCCGCUAUUCGUACUGUCCAAGCGCUGGAUCCAUUUGCCCUGCGGCUGCUUCAUUAACUGCAACCGUGAGCCCACACCGGAACCCUCAGCAAUGAAAAGAAGACUGGAGUUCAACCUUUCCCUCCAGAAAAGCUGUGGAGUGUUCAAGCUGUCCCACGCCGCCAUGUCUCACGGCACCGCGCCGGCCGAGAAGCGGGCCUACCACAGCCUCUUCAAUAGCGAGUUCCCAAACAGCCGGCUGGAUGCGCCGGAGACUGGUGGGCUCUGCCGCUUGGGCCCAAAUUCCAGUGCAACACUGCCCGUGGACGGCUCCUUUCAUUCAGACCUCUUGUUAGAGGACGUCGGCAGCGGCGGAGAGGCACCGGCUGAUUGUCCUUCGCCGUCCCGCGAGAACCACGGAGGUGAGGAGGGCUUCCACGGCAUUCCCUCCUUACCUCUUAAUCACCAGGAGAAGGAACGUGAUUUCACAGACACCUCGUCUGUGUUCGAGGACUCGGAGAGGAGGCUGUCGCAUGAAGAGGGCCGCAAAAUUGAGCUAACAGACUGGGAGUGGUGCAGGAGCAAAUCCGAGCGAACGCAAAGACAGAGGUCAACAACUGGUCUGUCCAUCCCGCUGUGCGCCUUCCAGGGAACUGUGUCCCUGCAGGCCCCCACUGGGAAGACCCUCUCUCUGUCCACCUACGAGGUCAGCAGCGAUGGACUGAGAAUCUCCCCGCAAAAUUCCAAGAGGGUGGAGGUGUACCGCUCCAAAUCGGUGGGCCAUGAGCCCAGUGCUGAUGACAAAGCGUCAGGUGGCCAGAAAGACGAUGUGAACCUCACUGGCGUCAGUAUGGGACUAGACAUCGGAAUGGACAUUGGAACUGCAAUCGGGGACACCAACGUUAAGAUCCACCUAGAGGUCCUGGAAAUUUGCGAUAAUGAGGAGGCCAUGGACAGCGUCUCCAUCGUGUCCAACAUCAGCCAGUCGUCCACCCACGCCCGCUCGCCAUCAUUGCGCUACUCACGCAGGGAAAACCGCUUUGUGUCCUAUGACUUGGGCGAGACGGCCUCUUACUCCCUGCUCAUCCCCACCACCGGUAACGCCGAGGCUGAGGCCAUGAGCAUCACGAUACCCGACACGGUGGAGGCCCAUCGGCAAAACAGUCUGAGACAGACGCAAGCAAGCACGGGAUAUCAAGAAGAAAUACAACUGCUCAACGAGGCCUACAGAAAACAGGCUGGAGAUACGGACUAGAACAACCUCUGCCAUAGCCAGCUGUUGACAAGCAUGACUUGUAUUUAUUUAAUUUAACUGUCCAUACAUUUGUUUGUUGGUUGCCAGUUCCAUUACAGAUUACAUGGAGGGCCAUUGGUAGUGCAGUGGUUCCCACAGCUGACCUUCAUUUUCAUAUUCAAUUCCCAGUCAAUGGCACAUUCACAAUACUGUACCCCGUUUUUAGAAAGAGACACAAAAAAAUUGCAUCGUUAAAAUCUUUCAUUUAUUCAUGAGCCCUUUUUACAGACACUGGUGAAGCAGCAUAUUGGGUGCAAUCAGCUCAGAAAAAUAUUACUUUAAAAACAAACAGUCAAGCAGUAAAAUAAAUGUAGCCAGAUAGGAUGGAUUCCAGCCGCCCCACUUACCUGAACAGGAAAGGCAGUGCCAGAAGUCGACGGUUUACACCAGAGUUCUGUUCCAACACAACAUGUCAUAAAUGGAGAGCCCCCAGUAAAAAUAAAAGGCCUUUAGGUGUGUAGUUGAUCACAUAACUUGUUUUUGUCUUCUACUUGAUUCCUUUUCACUGCCCAGUGCCCAUUUGCAACCGUCUCUUCAUUAACUUUUACUCAACUAUCAGGCAAAAUUGACACAUCAAAAUAGGAACCGUAUAUUUGCCUGUUAUGGGUGACUAGGCAAGAGUGUAGUCUUCAUUUUAAAAUAGUCUGCUCUCGAGCUUAGAUGCAGUAUUUAAAAUUAACAGAGGUAACCAAUGAAUGGACGGUGCUAUUUUGAUUCGGGCGUUGAACAACACCAUUGAAAGCACAAUGACUGAUCAUCACCUACCUCUCAAAAUUCUUAUUUUCUGGUCCAGAAUUUAGGUUUCGUGGGGAAUACUUCCAUGUCCUGUCCCACCUCCUCCAGGUGCACGGCCAGACCAGCCGGUGAGACAUAAUCCCGCCAACAUGUCCUUGGUGUGCCCCAAGGCCUGUUCUAAACUUGACAUGCCCGAACAGACAUUCUCAGUGAGGCAUCCGGAAAUCAUCCAUAAUAGAUGCUCCAGACACCUGAACUGGUUCUUAUUUCAUUCAUAAAAUCAGAGUUUAAGAGCAUAGCUGAGAGCGGGGACAUAAAGUGACGGGUAAUUUGACAGCCCCAUCAAUUCAUUUGUAAAUUUUAUGCCCCUUUUGCCAUCUUUGUCCCCAAUCCAUCCAACGCUCAUCCUGCUCAGGGUCAUAGAUGAGCCGGAGUCUCCCUGCUGACUGUGGGCAAAAGGCAGACUACACACAGUUCUGCUCAUAGGUUUCUCACAAUGUAUGGACUCUUACAGGAUGCCAGUGCAGUUACACAGCGUAUGUGUGUGUGCGUGUGUGUGUGUUUUUUUUUUUUUUUUUACUGUGCACAAGAAUGUACGGAACCCCCAAUCACCAGAACAAUUUGGGCCCGACUUCCCAUCCAAUCAGUGAGCCAAAACGGGGUGCGCAUGCA